CUUUGCUCAAAGAUUUGGGUGGGUGAGGUGAGUGAAUGAGUAAAAAUUAGAAAAAUGGGUGAUAAACAUAAUGAUUCAAGCAAGCAUUACUUGGGACUUGUCAAGAACUUCCUUGCUGGUGGAGUGGGUGGAGUCUGCACAGUAUUUACUGGACAGCCGCUUGAUACCAUCAAGGUUCGACUGCAGACAAUGCCCAAGCCACCCCCAGGCCAACUUCCUGCUUACACUGGAACUUGGGACUGUGCAAAGAAGACUAUCAUGAAGGAGGGGGUCACUGGCCUCUACAAAGGGAUGGCGGCUCCUAUUGCUGGUGUCACCCCCAUGUUUGCUGUCUGCUUCUUUGGAUUUGGCCUUGGACAGAAGCUCCAGAAAAAGCAUCCAGAUGAUAAGCUAACACUUUUCCAGUUGUUCAAUGCUGGAGCCUUGGCAGGGGUGUUCACCACAGCCAUCAUGACACCAGGCGAACGUAUAAAGUGCCUUCUUCAAGUCCAGUCACAUUCAACAGGUCCCCCAAAAUACAAAGGCCCUGUAGAUGUAGCGAAGAAGCUUUACAGGGAAGGUGGAAUAAGAAGCAUAUACAAGGGAACAUGUGCAACUCUUCUUCGAGAUAUUCCAGCGUCAGGAAUGUACUUCAUGACGUAUGAGUGGCUGCAGCAGGUCCUCACACCAGAAGGAGGGAGUCGAACAAAUUUGAGUGUUGGCAGAACCCUCUUUGCUGGUGGUAUGGCUGGUGUGUUCAACUGGCUUGUUGCCAUUCCCCCCGAUGUCCUCAAGUCCAGACUACAAACUGCACCUGAGGGGAUGUAUCCAAGAGGCAUUCGUGAUGUUUUUGCCCAUGCUAUGAGAGAAGAAGGAAUCAGGGCUAUGUACAAGGGUACUGUACCUGUAAUGCUCCGAGCUUUUCCUGCCAAUGCUGCAUGCUUCCUUGGCUUUGAGGUUACCAUGAAGGCCUUCAACUACAUCCUGCCUGAAUUGUGAUGCCAUUAAUCCCUACAGUUAUCCUUGUUCUAUAGUUAGUAUUUUUUUUAGUGAAAGUCAAGUUGAUGCAGAAUAAUAUCCAUUUUGUAUCAUAUCAUGAAUGCUUUAUCAUAUUUUUGUUUUUUAGAUUUUGGAAAAUUAAUUCCUGUUCAGAGAGGUGGUGUAUCAUGUUGAUAAAUGAUGUAUACCAAUUUCAUGCUUUUGCGUAUUUUAUAUUUUUUGGGUGUGACCUAUGUUUCUGGUAUGAUCUGUAUGUUCAAAGAAGAGCUGUGCAUUGUGGCUACCUCCCUGGUCUUUGAUCUCUGAUCUUUAAUGACCAUAUUGAAGUAUUUCACACUUAUUUGACAGCUCAGAUUCACCAUUAUUCUCCCCCCAUUAUCCUUAAUUGUCUACCCACCUAAUGGCAAUGGAAUUCUGGAAAAAUGGAGUAGUAUCUCUUCCCUAGCCCAACAUUCUCUCAGCCCUCUUCCCAAUGGCAUCAUAAAUGAUUAUAUACUAAUAUCCCAUC